UCCCGUUCCCCAGAUGAGCCGUUUUCCAACCCCCUGGCCCCUGAUGGCCACGAUGUGGAUGACUCGCACUCCUUCCACCAAUCCAAGCUGACCAAUGAAGACUUCAGGAAGCUCCUCAUGACCCCGCGGGCUGCGCCAACAUCUGCGCCACCGUCCAAAUCUCGCCACCAUGAGAUGCCCCGGGAGUACAACGAGGAUGAAGAUCCAGCUGCUCGCAGGAGGAAGAAGAAAAGCUACUAUGCAAAGCUGCGGCAGCAGGAGAUCGAGCGCGAGAGGGAACUGGCUGAGAAGUACCGGGACCGAGCCAAGGAGAGGAGGGAUGGAGUGAACAAGGACUACGAGGAGACGGAGCUGAUCAGCACCACGGCCAACUACAGGGCUGUGGGGCCCACGGCCGAGGCGGAUAAAUCUGCUGCGGAGAAGAGGAGGCAGUUGAUCCAGGAGUCCAAGUUCUUGGGUGGUGACAUGGAGCACACUCACUUGGUGAAGGGUCUGGACUUCGCACUGUUGCAGAAGGUACGGGCUGAGAUCGCCAGCAAGGAGAAGGAGGAGGAAGAAAUGAUGGAGAAGCCCCAGAAAGAGACUAAGAAAGAUGAAGAUCCCGAGAACAAAAUUGAAUUUAAGACCCGGCUGGGCCGCAACAUCUACCGCAUUCUGUUCAAGAGCAAGACCUACGAGCGGAACGAGCUGUUCCUGCCGGGAAGGAUGGCCUACGUGGUGGAUCUGGAUGAUGAGUAUGCAGACACCGACAUCCCGACCACGCUGAUCCGCAGCAAGGCCGACUGCCCCACCAUGGAGGCUCAGACCACCCUGACCACCAACGACAUUGUCAUCAGCAAGCUCACGCAGAUCCUCUCCUACCUCAGGCAAGGCACUCGCAACAAGAAGCUCAAGAAGAAGGACAAAGGGAAGCUGGAUGAGAAGAAGCCUCCUGAAGCUGAUAUGAACAUCUUUGAAGACAUUGGGGAUUAUGUGCCCUCCACUGCCAAGAUGCCACGGGACAAGGAACGGGAGAGGUACCGGGAGAGAGAGCGUGACAGGGACCGGGAGCGCGACCGGGACCGAGAGCGGGACCGGGACCGGGAGAGAGACAGGGAGCGGGACCGGGAGAGGGAGGAGGAGAAGAAGAGGCACAGCUACUUUGAGAAGCCCAAGGCUGAUGAUGAGCCCACAGACAUCGACAAAGGACCUGGCUCAGCCAAGGAGCUCAUCAAGUCCAUCAACGAGAAGUUUGCUGGAGCUGCUGGCUGGGAAGGAGCAGAGGCCUUGAAGAAGCCAGAGGACAAGAAGCAGCUGGGAGACUUCUUUGGCAUGUCCAACAGCUAUGCCGAGUGCUACCCUGCCACAAUGGAUGAUAUGGCUGUGGACAGCGAUGAAGAAGUGGACUACAGCAAAAUGGAUCAGGGUAACAAGAAGGGGCCUCUGGGCCGCUGGGACUUCGACACACAGGAGGAGUACAGCGAGUACAUGAACAACAAGGAGGCUCUGCCCAAGUGAGUGCAGCC